UGACCGUUAUGUAAACCAAUGGGAGAGCGGUAUUUGUGAACCUGACCAAUUAAAAUGCAGCAAUGCAUGACUAAAGCUAGGUAGAGAGCGGCAAGACAGAAUCAAGUGCCAGAACCUCUGCGAGAUAGCAGCGAAAAAAGACUAAUGACCCAGCAUGAGGAGCCAGUCAUUCCAGUAAAAUGGACAAGUACGAAAAGGUGAACAAAAUCGGGGAAGGCUCCUUUGGAAAGGCCAUCCUUGUGAAAUCCAAGAAGGAUGGACACCAAUAUGUCAUCAAGGAGAUUGGCAUAUCAGGAAUGCCAAGUAAAGAGAGGCAGGAGUCUCGUAAAGAAGUUGCUGUUCUUGCCAACAUGAGUCAUCCCAACAUUGUCCAGUAUAAGGAGUCUUUCGAAGAGGGGGGCUGUCUGUAUAUUGUGAUGGAUUACUGUGAGGGUGGAGACCUGUUCAAAAAGAUUAACUCUCAGAAAGGAGUACUUUUUUCCGAAGAUCAGAUCCUGGAUUGGUUUGUGCAGAUUUGCCUGGCACUCAAGCACGUUCAUGAUCGAAAAAUCCUCCACAGGGACAUCAAAUCACAGAAUAUAUUUCUGACAAAAGAUGGGACUGUGCAGCUUGGAGACUUUGGAAUCGCGAGGGUGCUGAACAGCACUGUAGAACUGGCAAGAACAUGCAUAGGAACGCCAUAUUACUUGUCGCCGGAGAUCUGUGAAAACAAACCGUACAACAAUAAAAGUGAUAUUUGGGCCCUAGGGUGUGUCCUAUAUGAAAUGUGCACUCUUAAGCAUGCAUUUGAGGCCGGCAACAUGAAGAAUCUGGUUCUGAAGAUAAUUCGUGGCUCGUACCCUCCCGUGUCUGUUCACUAUUCCCAAGAACUGCGCUCUCUCUUGGCACAGCUGUUCAAACGCAACCCUCGCGAGAGGCCCUCAGUCAGCAGUAUACUGGACAAACCUUUUCUUUCCUGUAGAAUAGAAAAGUUUCUCACACCUCAGAUCAUUGCUCAGGAAUUCCGCCAUACUUUUCUUCACAAGCAGCCUAAAGUGGGUGUGGUCCAGGUGCCACCAUCCCAGAAGAUUACAAAACCAGCCGCCAAAUACGGAGUGCCUUUAAAUGUGAAGAAGGUGUCAGAUGGAGCCAAAAAGCCUGCAGAGAGGAAACCAGCUGCAAAACAAAAACCGGCCCCUCUUCCAGCAGCCCCCAAGAGAAGAGUGAGUCAAGUGGAGGAAGAGAGGAAAAAACACGAGGAUGGCAUCAGGAAGAAAAAGAUGGAGCUGAUUGAGAAAGAAAGAAAACAGAGAGAGCAGAUGGUCCUGCUGAAAGCAGAUCAAAUGAAGAGAUAUGAAAAAGAAAAGAUCAAUCGAAUAAAUCAGGCCAGAGAACAAGGCUGGAAGCAUGUCCUGAGCUCUAGUGGAGGUAGCAGCCCAGAGAGGAAGCAUUUUGUAGGCGGUGGAAAGAGGGCUGCAGGUGUUGGCCUCCCUCUCCCAAGUGCUGUUCACGGCCCCACUCCAGCUCCUGUCUCCAGCAAAACCCCUUAUGAUCAUUACCACGCAGCUUUGGACCAAAUGGCUAAACCACAGCCCAAAGACAUCAGCAGGGAAGGAUCCUCACCAGGACCGGGCAGCCCCAUUCGCGUGCCACCUGCUGCUGGCCCAGUGCUGCCCAACGGCCCUGCCCGACGCCUAAACCCCGAUGUAAUCAAAAGAGAACUUCAGAGGCUGCAGCAUGUUUCAAAGCAGGCCCAUAUUAGUAGACAGCGUGGACACAUGGUGGCUGAACGGACCUGUCAGGUGGAGGAGUUCUUACAGCGGAAGAGAGAAGCUAUGCUCAACAAAGUCCGCGCUGAGGGGCAGCUGGGCACUCGGCAAAACCUGGCUGCAAUCUAUGGAAGCCGGACAGGUACGCUUCGGUGCAGGAGACCUAGAGCCAACAAAGAGGAGGAGGAGUACUUGGCAAGACUGAGGCAGAUCCGCUUGCAGAACUUCAACGAGCGUCAGCAGAUCAAAGCCAGGCUCAGAGGAGAGAAGUAUGACAGUGAUGGGUCUGAUAGCCAGGAGUCCAGUGAGGAGGCAGAGCUCAGGAGAAAGAAGAUAGAGGCUUUAAAAGCCCAAGCAAAUGCCCGCGCUGCUGUACUGAAAGAACAACUGGAGAAGAAGAGGAGAGAAGCACACGAGAGAGAAAAGCGAGCUUGGGAGGACCAUCUUGCAGCCCGGGGGGUGAAGGUUGCCGCGUCUGCAGGAAGCGCAGCGUCGGUGGCAGCAGUAGCAGUAUCAUCUACCUCGGACAGUCCUCCUCCACAGCCCAGCCCCCCUCAACCAGACGCCGCUGCCAAAGCUCCAGUCCUGCCCGCAUCCAAACUCUCUACCCCAGCCAUAUCCAUGACUGCUGCCCUAAAGAACGUUGGAGCGAGCACUCCACUGAAAGAAAACUUGCCUGAACCAGAGGGUGCUACUGUGAUCCAGAGUGAGAAAAAGCAGAUUCUGCGCAGACUUAACCAGAACCUAAAAGCCCAGAGCCCUGCAGAAGAAGCUGAGGAGUCUCCUCCAGCGCCUGCAGAACCGAGCCCUGCUCCUCAGCAGAGCCAGACCCAGGCUGACGCAGAGAAACGCCCCUGUUCAAACGGAGAGCGCAAGAAGUGGGACGCAGGAGAUCUGCCCGUACUUCCUGCUGCUCAGCAAACCUUGGAGGAGACGUGUAUCGCUACAACCACUGCAGAAGAAGACAGACCAUCCUCUGGUGAAAGGAAGAAGUGGGAGGCAGGAGCUCCGAUCGUCCUCUCUUUAGCCCAACAAACUCUAGAGGAGACGUGCAUCACGACCAUCGAACAAACCGUGGGUGAAGUUAUACGGAUGGAUGGGCUACAGGAAGAAGCUCCCAGGAAGGUGUGGGGAGCGCAUCCGGACUCUCAGGUGCUGAGGGUUCUUCAGGAGGCAGAGCUUCAGCCUCUCACCCAGCAGCUGGAGGAUGUCACCAUAUGUGAGGAGGAAUUUUCUAGUCCUGAUGAGCCUAUCCAGGCAGCAGCAGAACCUGACACUGUGAAGACGAGAGAAGUGGCAGCCUCUGUUGAGCCUCAGCUCUGCACUUCAAGCGAGGCUUCACAUCAGGAAGUGUCUGUGGCCGGUGCAGUAGAAAGAGAGUCAAUGCCACCCAAUGUUACUGAGAUUCAGGAUCCAGCAGACCUGGAAUCUGUGGUUUUGGAAGAAAGUCCAAAUCUGGUCUCUCAUCCCCCAGCUGGUGUGCAGCAGGCGUGGGAGCAGGAAGCCCAACAACAAAUGCCACCAGAGGGCAUUAUGAGACCGACAGACUCCAAGGAAGUCGACAAGAAUUCAGAGAAGCCAACUGAAUCAUCUGCUGCAGCACAGUUUGAGGAGCCCCUAUUUAUGAAGCUGUGUUCCCCGGCCCACCGACGCACUGCUGCCCUCGCAGCCCUCUCAGCCCAGUCCUCCAUGGAUGAAUCAUCCUCCUCCCUGGCCUCACGCUCACGCUCCGUCUCACCUCUGCGCUCCAAGCACCAGGACGCCCUCCUCAUCGGUCUCUCCACUGGCAUGUUCGAUGCCAACAACCCCAAGAUGCUGCGGACUUGCUCUCUCCCAGACCUCAGUCGACUCUCAGCCGGCCCCGCGGUGACCAGCGAGACUAAUGUUGCCCCGGACAACAACCUGGAAAUAGAGGACAUGGACGAAGCAGCUAAAGAUGAGGACCAGUCAGAGGCCGAGGAUGCAUAUGAGGAUCAGGAUCUGCGGGACAUCAGGGCCUCCAUGGAGAGGCUGCUGCAGGAAGAGGGCGACAUAAUGAGGAGCCCUCCAGAGGACGGAGCGGGGGACUAUAAUGGGAACCCUCCAGAGGGCAGAGACCAAGAGCUUUUCAACAGGAUCGCAGCUGAGAUCAAUCAGGACAACAAUCAGAUGGCUGUAGAUGACGACGACGAUGAAGAAGACGAUGAUGACGAAGAGGAGGAGGAGGAGGAGGAGGAGGAAGAAGAGGAAGAGGAAUGUUCAAACGGGAGUCCUGGCGACGAGGAGGCAGAGGAGUUGCUUACGAAUGGUGUGGGAGAAGAUGACCACAGUAACAACAGCCAGCUCAAUGAAGAAUGGCAUUCAGAUGGCAGCGGAGAGGAACAGGGCGGAGAAGCUGAGCAUCACGACAGCAUCUUCAGUCGUCUGGAAGAGCUUCGCUUCAACCUAGAGCAGCAGAUGGGCUUUGAGAUGUUCAUUGAGGCUUACAAUAAGAUUAAGGCUAUACAUGAAGAUGAAGAUGAGAAUAUUGACCUGGGCUCCAGUUUGGUCUUAAGCAUUUUGGGAACUGAGCACCAGCAUCUGUAUCCCAACAUCCUUCAUCUAGUGAUGGCUGAUGGCGCGUAUCAAGAAGAUAAUGAUGAAUAAUGUUUUGUGCAGUGGAGCUGCUGGCAGCUAUGACAAUCUGCUAGCUAUCCGAUGUCUUCCUAUGACGCACAUCAUUGGCAGAUGGAUCUAUGCAUGAAGCGACGCAGCCUCACAUCUAACAGUGUUUCAGGCACACUUGCAUGAUGUAAAAGUAGUACACGCAAGACUGUAUUUCAUACUUUGACUAUCAGCACCUGACACUAUUUUCUAACCAGUGUUCUUUCGGAAGUGCAUUAUCAGAUUCGUGUUCUUAUUAACCAAAGUUAACGUCAAAACUCCUGUACAUGUUUCUGAAAGUCGGUGAAAGGAUGACAUGUGUGUAUUGUCUCUCUGAUUAAUAGCUUAGGCUUUCUUAGUUGUUGGUUCAGUUGGACUCUUCGUGGCAUUUUGUUUCGGUGGGAAAAGAUCUGGUCCUCUCAGGUGCUUUCUUUGUGUCUCAUUCUCAACUAUAUCUUCAGACCAUAAACCAGGUCGCCUCCACGCACACUACGAUUUGCUCAAAACCAGUUGAACCUCCUUUUUGUUACAAAUGUUUUCACCAAACGCAAAUUUAAAUAUUAUCUUCUACAUUUUCAGCAUUUCUUACUGUCUCAGAUAACCCAAAUUAAGUCGGACUUGUGAGUGAGACUGUCGCCAGGGUACUGUAGCAAGACUGUGGCCGGUGUGACGUGUAGGUAGAGUGUCCGGUGCAGAGGGCACCGUGUACUGAUCAUAUAACCAGUGGUGUAAAUGCAAACAAGAAUUCAUACUUUAAAUUAAAUAUUGUAAAUCUUUAUAUGAAAUAAACACAUUUUUUAAGUA